ACAUUUUCAAGCCUCAUUCCAUAAACAACUGUGAACGUGAACGGUAACGUUAUUGUACCACUGUGCGUGCGUUUUCUGCCUCCUUUAUUACACUAGUUCACAUACAUAAUACACAUAUAUAUAUAUACAUAUGUGUGUUGUAUGUGCAUAUAAUUUGUUGUUGUCGUGUAAAUUGUGACGAUAUUUAUUUUUUGUGUGCGAAUCUUUCUUUGUGAACGGGAAUUAUCUAUGCUUAUAUACGGCAUUUAUAUAUGUGAGCGUAUACGUGAGUGUGUGUGCGUGCCAUGUGAGGCACUUGCAGUGCAACAAGCAAAGUAACAACGAGCUGUUGUCAUAAUGCCAACAACACCAACAACAACAACAACAGCGACGACGAAAAAAUGAAAGGCAACAAACGACAAGAAAACUUUAAGCAACUAAAUAAAAUUUAGAUAAAACACAGAAAAAAAAAAAAACGAAAACUAAAACCAAAACCAAAACUGGCCAAGUCCACAACAACGAUUUAGAGCGCGGUUCUCGAAGCAACAACAACAACAACAGCAACAGAAACGCGAGCAACAAACGAAUUCGUAUUUAAUAUUUAUUUGUAUGCUAAUUUAUUUUACAAUAAUUUGGUAUUAACCCAAAAUCCAACACCAACAACAACGACGAAAACCAAUAAAACAACUGCGAAAGAUAAAACCAACAGCAGCAGCCACAGCAACAACAACAGCAAUCGCUGUGUUGUCAACAGCAGCAACAACAACAACAACGCAUGCGCAACGACUUUUCUGCGUCUCUUUCUCCUUCCACUUUUGAUUGUCAUCUUCUUUCGCCUGGGAUAUAAAACAGCAAAAUCAAUCCCGCAGCUGAGAACUGACUGAGCGAGCAGGGAAGCAAAAAGGGAAUCGGGAACUGGGAACUGGGAACUGGGAAUUUGGAGCUGGUUACAGGGCGCACCCACAUCCUGUCCAGGGAGGAGCAAAACUGUUGGCGUUGCAUUUGUUAUUCCUGUUUUCCGAUUGUUUUUUUUUUUGUUUUGUCGUUCGUGACAUUUAUGUCGCCUGCAUUGGGCGAUCGCAAGGAGCAGUAAAGAGUGAGCCCAAGGAUUGGCGUUGCAGCCACAAGGGAUUGUUCUGCCGCCGCCGCCAUGGCAACGAGAUCAACAACAGCGAGCGGCAUGCUGCUGGCGCUGGCGCUGACGUUAACGUUGACGUUGACUGCGCUGCAGAUGCAGCUGGCAAGCGUUGAGGCGCUGCCCAUCACAUCACGCCCCAUCGAGGGCAACGCCCAGUUGCUGGCGUGGGAGGAGUGGCAACGCUUGACGCCCGAUCAACGCACCCUCGAAAAGGAGAAGAAGGUGACGGCGAAAUCGAUAUUCACGCUCCCAUUUCGCCACUGUCCACCCGAUCACAAGCGCUUCGGCGAUAGUUGCAUACCCCAGAUCAACAUCGAUCCCACCGAUCUGAUCAAGCAGGAGCUGCUCAUCGAGUUGAGUCCCGGUGGCAGUGCGCCCAGCGUCAAUCUUGACUACGACUACAGCGACAGCGAUGGCGACGAGGACAGCGACGAGCUGUUCAUCAAUGUCCCGCUCAUGCAGAAGGGACAAUUGCUGCCGCCGCUGCAACCAAAUGGCGCUGCCGAGGAUCAGGCGUUGCCCAGUGAAGAUGCGCCGCUUAAAUUCAACAUAUUCGAGAACAAGUAUCCCAUGACACUGGACACGGCAGCCAAGAGCACAACGACGACAGCAACCACAACAACAACAGUGACAACAACGGAGACAACAACAGCAGCAACUGCAACAGCGACAGCCACAACGACAGCAGCCACUGUGCAACAGUCAAGCAAUCGCAUUGCAACCCAGCUGGAUGAUCUGCUGGCUGACUCGAGUGUUGCUCUGCCCAGCACCACGACGUUGAGCAUCAGUCUGCCUCCGAGCAGCAGCAACAUUGAUGAUUUUGGCAGCAUUGAGGCGAUUGUGGUGCCAGCGGGAUUGCCAGUGAAUGAGAAGGCCUCCAUACAGCUGGUGACCAAGGCGGAUGCACCAUCAACAUCAACAGCAACAGCAACAUCGACAACAACAGCCAUGCUCAAUGCGGAUGCCGAUGAGCAACAACAGCAGCAGCAGCAACACAAUGAAAAGGAGCUGCAAAUGAAUGAGGAACGAGUGCAACCGAGUGAGGAUGAUGGCGAGGAGGCCUUGGCGCAGUUGCUGAAGGUCGACACCCUGCUGCCAGCAACAGCUUACGGCAGCAGCGUUGAUCUGUUGCCGCCGUUCAGUCAUCGUCGUGUUGCGCCGCUGCUGAGCGCCGAUUUGGACGAUGCCGAUGAAUCGGCGGCCACGGAUAUGGCACCAACUGCAGAUGCGACGCCCACAACAGCGACAGCAACAGCAACAGCAGCAGCAGCAGCAACAACAUCUGCGACAACAGCAAAAGGAGAGCUAGAUGCACAGGGCGAAAAUCGAGUUGUGUUGAAAAAAUCGAAAGUGCAACCGGUUCAGCUGAGCUCAACUGUCGCCACAACAACACCAACACCAACACCAACAACAGCAACAGCAACAGCUACAACAAUAGCAACGCCAACAACAAUAGCAGAAUCAUCAUCAGCCACAACAACGACAACAACAACAACAGCGGCAGCAGAAGUAGAAGCAACAGCGACAGCAACAACAACAUCAGACACAGCAGCAGUGACAACAACAACAACUGUUGCCGCUGCUGCUGCUGCUGCUGCUGCUGCUGAUGAAGGCGACGUUGCUGCCAUACAUCAAGAUGCCAAUGGCAAUGCGAAAGAUGAUGACCGGUUUUAUUAUCAGCAUUCAGACAGCACGACGAGCAGCACAACAGCAACAGCAACGGCAACGAGCAGCAGCAGCAGCAGCAACACUGUCGCUGAUGCUGUCGACUUGGAUGAACUGAACUAUAUGGCAGCCAGUGACAAUUUAAUGACAAAUACAAUUGGUGGGCAGGGCGACAGUGAGAAGGCGGCUGGCGAAAUGAAUUUCGAACAAGAAUUGAGCAUUAUAAAUGAGCUGGUUAAGGGCAAGUGGCGAUUAUCGCAGCUGCGACAACAGCAGCAACAGCAACAGUUGUUAAACAGCAGCAGCAGCAGCAGCACAACCACAGCAGCAACAACAACGAGUGUGGAAAGCUCAGAAGUAACGAGCAGCACACCAGCAGCAUCAGAAAACACAACAUUUUGGUCAAAGUUAAUGCCAAUGCUGAGCCAGAGUCAGAGCUCAACGGAGGCAACAACAGCAGCAACAACCGAUGAGACAGCAGAGACAAUACCAGCAACAGCAACAGCAACAACAACUGCACAAAGCAGUGUUGCAGACACUUCAAUAGCAACAGCAACAACAGCGGCAACAACAACAGCAGCAACAACAACAACAACAGCAGCAGCAGCAACCACAUCACAUUUAAGUAUUAAUACAAAUCGUAGCAAUAGAAAUAGUAAAAUAAUUCGUAUAGAUAGCAUAGUCGAAAGCAGUACAACAACCACAACCACAACAACAACAACCACGACACCAGCAACACCAACAGUAAGCAGCAACAGCAGCAAUGCUGCUGCUUAUACACCAUUCUGGUGGCUGCCGAAUUUUGGCGUUCGUCUCGAUCGUCAGGUGGAUGAGAACGGCGAGGAUCGUUCGUUGUUGUUGCGCUUCUUUCGACCAUUUCGUGCUGGCAACACAGCAGAAGAGGCAACAAGAAUAACGACAUUGCCCUCGCGUCGCUAGAUGUGUUGCAGAUGCAGAUACAGAUACAAAUGCAGGUGCAGGUGUGGCAGCAAAUAAGCUUUAUGCAUUUCUAGGGCAAUCUCUUAGCUGCUCUCGCCCAUGUCGAGAGUCGCUGGAGUUGAUCAGGCACAGUGGGCACCAAGGCACAGUGGGCAGUGGUCAGUGGUCAGUGGUCAGUGUCGUUGACGUGUCGUGUCGUGUCGUGUUGCCAUCUCGAAUGCCGUUAAUAAUGCCGAUGGCAACAACGUUUCAAUUUCAAUGUUGAAGUUUGUUUUAAUCAGUUGCAAAUGGCGUCUAUAAAAUGUUUCAACCCACCUCCUACUCCUCCCCCUUUAAAACUCUCCCCCUCACAAUUAAAUCAUAAUUAUUUAAUUAUAAUUUUAAACAUUCUCUCUGUGUAAUACUUUAUGUAAAUAUGUUUCUAUUUUUUUUUUUCUGUCAACUCAAUUCCGUUUCAACAAUUAUUAUUAUUAUUAUAAUUACAAAUAUAUAAAUAUAUAUGUAUGUAUUUUUUUUUUGCGUCGUCGUGUUAUUCAGAUUGCUGCAUCUUUUAAGUUGUUGAUUUAAUUUUAAUAGUUUUUUUUUUGUCAUGUGCGCUUUUUACGAGUACAAUAGUUUUAUAUGAUUGUGCUCAAGUGGGGCAUCGCCAACAACAACUGCUGGUUGCUGGCUGCUGUUGCUGUCGCUGUUGCUAUUGCCGCUGUUGCAUACCUUAGCAAUAUUUAAUUGUGAUUAUCUAAAGUUAUAACUAGUUUUAGUCCCUCUCACUCUCUCUCCACACAACCACACAACCACGCACAAUUAACAAUAUUAAUUAUUGCGAUAGAAAUCUGUAUGAUAUGAAUCUAUUUGCAAAUUGUGUUUACUUUCCCCUUCCCUUUCCAAACAAACAAAAUAUUCUGUACACAUAAAUAUUUACUUUUUUUUUUUUAAUGUAAAUCAUCAUUGUAGUUGUCUCUGUGUAAAUAUAUAUAUCAAAAAAAAAAAUAUCAAGGUGAAAAGGCCAUUUGUUGAUGAUCUUUUAAACGAAAGAAGAGCGAAAGAAGAAGAGUCGCGCUGCUGCUCAAGAAACAUUUUCAAAGAUAUACGAGUAUAAAUAAUAAACAAUACUAUUAUUAAGCGUAAUAUUUAUGCUAAACACACACAUACACAUACACACUUAUAUAUUAUUGUAAACUAAAUGUAAUGCAUGUAAAUAGUUGUAAACCUAAAUUUUUUUUGUUGGUGUCUUAAACAAACGAGAAACAAAAAUAUUUAAAAACCAAAACAAACAAACAAAAAAAAAACGUAAAAAAUACAAUCGAAAAUAUGAAAAUAUACAAAACGAAAAACAAAAA